AUUGGAUAUCGGAAGAAGGCGGAAAAGUAAUAGUCUCCUGAAGGGGUUGUCGCGCUUGUUAUGCAUUUUCGUAGUCUACUACUUACUUCAACAAUGCUAAACUUUUCUACUCCCAGCGUUGUAUAAUUUCUUCUUUAAACUCUCAAAACCAUAUUGGACCACACUUCAUCUGUCGGGAGUUAGGUUUCUACCGGUAGCUAUUUACAUAGUACAUCUAAUUCGAACUAUAUCUACAAACACCAACUCCAAAAUGAAUUGGUUGAUUCCAGAUGCUUAUAGAAGCGCUUUUGAUUUCUAUAACCUGAACAGCAUACAGGCUCCCAUAUGUCAAGAGGUUUUCAUGACGGACAAUUCAAUUGUUGUUUCUGCACCAACUGGCUCAGGAAAGACGGUAGUUUUCGAAUUGGCGAUUGUUAAGCAGCUACAUGAACAUGAAAAUUCAAUUGAGAAAAGCCCAUUUGUAAUACUUUACAUCGCACCAAUGAAAUCGUUAUGUUCACAAGUUUCAAAAGAAUGGGGAGCAAAGUUUUUAAAGUUCUCAUUAUGCUGUGUGACAUCAACUGGGGACACUGAUACUCUGGAUAUUCAAAGCCUUUCUAGUCAAGUCCUACUUAUAACAACACCGGAAAAAAUUAAUUCCACAAUCAAGUCUUGUAGAGAAUUUUCCGUGAUUUGGGAGAAGCUUAAACUGUGCUUUAUUGACGAGGUACAUUUGUUAGGAGAGUGGGAAAGAGGUUCAGUGCUUGAAGUUCUUAUAACAAGAAUCAAAAUGUUAUCUCGUCCUCGUUUCAUAUGCGUUUCUGCCACGUUAUCCAACGUGCAGGAUGUAGCACAGUGGCUUGCUGCUACUGAAAGGACUGUUUCGUUUUUCUCAUUUGGAGAGGAAUUUAGGAUGUCUCCAGUUAAGAAGCUAGUAUUGGGAUAUAUGCGUCAGAAGAACCAAUCUAUUUUCCAGUUUGAUGCAAAUCUGAACUAUAAGCUUCCUCAUAUUAUAAGCACAUAUUCCGAAAACAAGCCUGUAUUAAUUUUUUGUACAACAAGAAACGGUGCUGUUCGUACUGCAAACGAAAUUGUAAGACAAAUAGACUUCUUGGUUAACAGUGCAGUCACAAUACAACGAAAACAAUAUGCGUAUGGCAUUAAGAAUACUCAUUUGAAAGAUUCCAUGUUAAAAGGUGUUGCAUAUCACCAUGCAGGAAUGGAUGCUGACGACAGGAAAAUUGUGGAAGAUGCUUUUACAUCAGGCUGUUUAUCAGUGCUAGCAAGUACCAGUACUCUAGCAAUGGGAGUUAAUUUGCCGGCACAUUUAGUUAUUAUUAAAAAUACAGAACAACUUAUUGAUGGUGAUAUAACUGGAUAUAAUUCAACACAAAUAUCACAAAUGGUGGGAAGAGCAGGUCGUCCACAGUUUGACGAUGAGGGUAUUGCUAUAAUAAUGACCGAAAGUAAUCUCAAAAUGCAUUAUACAAAGCUGUUGAAUACACUUGAUGAGAUUAAUAGCUGUUUAAAACCACGUCUACGCCAUCAUUUAUUAUGUGAAAUUAUCUUAAGAACAGUAUACGAUCACGACAGUAUUUUCAAUUGGAUUAAAAAUACAUUUUUUUAUGUUCGAAUAAAAAAAUGCCCUCAAUUCUAUGGUCUACCGGUGAACUGUACCGUCAAAUCCAUCGACCAGUAUGUACAAGAUCUGUGCCUAAAAGAAAUCAAUAGUUUACAUGGUUUAAAACUGAUCAAAUAUACUUCAGAAGAUAAUCAGACUAAUGCAACUGAAUUAGGCGAAUUAGUGUUUAAAAAUAACUUGGAAUUCGACACACUCAUGCGGAUGUAUCAACUUUCUGGAGAAGAAACAGUUGAAGAGUUGCUUUAUUUUAUCGCAGAAUGUCCAGAAAUGAAAGAUAUCCGAUUAAGACACUGUGAGAAAUCAUUACUUAAUACCAUUAGUAGAGCCAAAGGUCGAUCAAGUUUGCGAUUUCCUAUUAAUUCAAGGAUCAAAAGUACUCCUUUGAAGGUUGUUUGCCUACUACAAGCUAAGCUAGGUCAAGUCACAGUGAAUGAUUAUGCAUUAAAACAAGAAAGUGAAAAAAUAAUUCAGUCAGCUUCACGCAUUUUAAAUGGCCUAACGGGUUUAUUUUGGCUACAUGAAAUUCCACUAUACGUCCCUACCGACCAAAAAAGCAUAAACAUGAAUUCAGAUGAUAGCCAUGUUCGAAAUAUAACCGAUUCAACAAUUCCAUCAAUUGUCAUAAAAUAUCCGUGUAUGUUUAACGCAUUGGAAUUGCAUAAAUCUAUCCAUUUUGGACGUUGGCUGAACUAUCCGCUAAUAAAUUUAUACAAUUCACCUUUACUGUCUAUAAGACACAUUGAAAAGUUGAUCGAAGCCAAUUUACUUACCUACAAUGCCGUUCAACAAGCUGGAUGCAAAAAGUUGGAAAAUAUUUUAAAUGAAGAACCUCCAUUCGGACUAAAACUUCUUGAAUACUUGGAUAGUAUUCCAAAAUAUGAACUGGAUAUUGAGCAACUACCAAUUUCUGAUCCAUUCACUGUUGAAUUAGCACUCACUAUAAAACAAAGAGUUAAGUGUUCUAGAGACUGUGCAAUCUUAUUGGUUGGUGGUGCAAAUAAAUACUUGAUUGGUAAAUGGCUGCUAGAAUGUGCUAAUUUUGAAGAACUUGGUAUGAUCACUAAACAUCUAAAGCUCUCAAAUGAUGAAACAUUGAAUCCGUUGAGUAUAAGCUUGAUCAGUUUAUAUUAUGGUGGUAUUGAUCUACAUACAAAAUAUCACUUUAUUACUUUAUCAAACAAGUGUGGAAAUUCCGAUUCAUCAUCAAGUGUAUCUAAAAUGGGUAUUAAUGAAAAGGAAUUAUCAAUUGGUUUCACAGAAAUCAUGAGGCAAUGUGAUCUAUCAACAGGAAAUAAUUCUAACAACCUAAAUGGUUACAACAAUAAUAAUGAUAGUAAUAGUAAUAAAUUCAACUUAUGGCCAACACCUAUAAUGUCGUCUAAAAAUGAAACAUACUUGCUUGACAAUCAAAAUGGUGACAGGAUUGAAAAUGAUAACAGUAAUACCCUAACAGAUUUGACAUUACCCUUAAUCCCACUUGUCAAUAAACAAAAAUCACUUCAUCAAAGUUUUAAAUUAAAAAAGUGUAGAGUAAAUAUUGAAUCAUUUCCAAGUAAAAUGAAGUCAAAUUACAGUAGACCCUGUACAUUUACAUGGACACCUACUAAUCAAGCUGAUAAACAAUCAUCGACAUCUACUACUCCUUUAAUACAAAAAUCAAUGCUUGAUUAUCUAGAAACGAACUAUAGAUAUUCAAAAUCAGAUCUUAUUAAGCAUGAAAACACAGAAGAAAUGAAAGAAAAAUUUAUCUUGGAUAAACUGAACACUGAUCUUUCUAUACAGAGGCUAAAUCGUAAAAGAUUUAAGUGGGAUCCACAUAAUACACUCAACAUGAACGUAGACUCAACUCAUAGUUUCUCAGGUUCAACAUUUACUCUUACACCCAUAUUUGAUGAUACCAACGGUAUCAGUGAAACACUGAAUAUUUCUAAUAUCCUGAUGAAAGAUAAUACACCUGAAUUCUCACAUAGAUCAUUUACGAAAAUUAAUCCCUUAUCGAUGUCAUGUCCACCUGUCAAUGGUACAUUAUCAAGAUUCGAAUAUUCACCGGUGAAACCAUUUGAUUCAUACUUUAAAUACACUCAAAAUGCACCAUCUAAAUUUUGCAACAAUGAAAAACUACAAAAUAUCCAAAUGAAAUCAAGCAAUUCUACAAAUUCCAGCUUUUCGAAGAAUAAUGAAAGAAAUUUAAUUAAAGAAGAUAUUUUCACACCACUGAAACAAAGCCAAUUUAAUCCCAAGAAAUUAUCUGAAAAUGAAUCAAGUCAAAAUAAAGAACAUAAUGGAGAAAUGUUGACAAACUUGUCGCAACUUAAUAGUCUAGUUGAACCAUAUACAAUGGAAAUUGCAUGUUUUCCCUCUAAAAAUGAGAAUAAUUGUAUUUAUUAUACAAAAGGGAUAAAUUUAGAAACUUAUAACACUAUAACGACUCAAAGUAUAUCUACCCAAAAAAUCAAUUCAAAUGAACCAAAAUUUAAUAUUCCUAAAUAUUCUGUAGUUUUGAAGUCAGCGCAAGUUGAUAAAUCAAAAAGAUUUGUUGAAUCGGCUACUCCACGUGUACAAAAGCGAAUAACUUGGUCAGAAGAUAUUGUCAUUACUACGGAGAUAAAAAGUCCAAGUUAUAAACAAGAAAAUCACUGGAAGAAGCAAGAUAAAGAGAAUAGACAAAAAGAUCACUACCAUGAGUCUUUAAAACUAUGCGAAUCAGAAAAACACUUUUCCGUGGAUGACUGCUUAAUAAAUGACGGUUGGUGUGAAUUAGCAUGUUUAAUCAAGAUUGCUGAAUUAGGUCUACUGCAUGAUUCUAUAAUACUUGACUCCACACCAAUGGAAGUAGACACUCCUCAACCUUCGUCUAUUUCUUCAGUGAAACUUAAGGAAUAUAAUGGAGCAACGGGAAGAAUCUACCUAACACCGAUAUGCUGCAGAGCACAUCUAUGCAAACAUCAACCUCUAAACGAAUGGGAACUGGAACGAUGAAUUCAUACACAACGCCUUCUCGAUCUAUCAUGGAAGAGUAAUACAUAAAAUUAAACAAUUGAAUUAUUAUCAUGUUUAAUUAUUACACGAAAUCUGUUUUUGAUAAAAAAUAAGUUGCUUCUUCUAUCAAAAAUUAAAAAGAGAAUUGUUAAGUAAUAAAAGUUAGUGAUUUGUUG